AUGUCGGCUGCGCCCACCGAUGAGCUCGCCUCGGAGAUCAAGGAGGCCUUCGUGUCCAACUGGGGCGUCUUAGCCGAGGGUCAGGCCAACCUGCGGCUACUUUUCUGGAGUCCUGCAGUUCACCUGGGUUUGUUCCGCUGCGCCACGCACCUGGCAAGCCAGCUGCGUGCCACGAUGACGAUGAUGACCAUGCUGAGCGGUGCGACCGUGCAGCUCCGUGUCCACCUGCUGACCGGUGAAAUACAAAAUGCGAUGCGGUGCGGCAAGGAGCUGGUUCGCAGGUGGCAGCGGGUGGCCAUGGAGCAUGCUGGGCCGGCAGAGCAAGCAGCAGUUCGGGAGGGCUUCGAGACGGAGCUGAGAUUGCUGGCAGAGGUAAAGUCUACUCACAUUGCUGCUUUUGGUCGAGUCGGUGAAUAA